GGAAGACAUAUUGUUGUCGUUCCAGAACGCAGGCGGAUCGUCGGUCUCUGAGAGGAUGCUCACAUUCUAAAUUCGAUUUAAUGUUAGUUUGUAUCCAGUAGCAGCUUCUUCUCUCAGUCUUCUAGUCUCGUUGGUGUUAGUUUAGUAUCAUUAUAGCACCGUGAGUGGAGAUGAAGCCGCCUCCUCGUAACCGAACCAAACCGGACCGCACCGUGAUCCCGGACCCGGCGACGUCUCGAGGUCACCUGUCCGGCCAGUGGCCUCGCGUUGAGCAGAGGAUCCUCCUGAAGGCUCUGAAGACCCACAGCAGGUACACCAGAGGAGGUCUGGACGACCUGGACUAUAAUUACCUGAGGAAACACCUUCCUACUCGGUCCAUUACAGAGAUCACCUCUGUUGUGGACUAUCUGAAGGACAAAGUGAUCUCAUUGGCGAACUACAAGCUGAGGAAGAAGAGGUGGGAGCAGAAGAAGGCCAGAAAGCCCAUCGAGGUGUGGAGACACAUGGCUUCUGCUAUGGCUGGAACCUUGGAGGAACCCAUUACCUCUGCCUUCUCUCAGAUGCUGAUCGUGUCGUCCACAGAGCCUCGCACCCUGAGGAACUGUGACCCUCCUCAGGUCUACAGACCACCCACAGACAAAGACCGGCCUGUUGGUCGCACUGUCCCUUUCAGACCAAUGCCUCGUUUACCAGUCAAAGUUGAGGGUCCGGGCUCCAACACAGCCCGUCCCGUCGUAGUACUCAAGACUCCAGGACCGACCAUGGGUCCGGCCAAAAGACUCCCAGCACCAUCACAAGUUGUCAGAGUGGCAAACAGCAAAAUCAUCCCUCCACCUCAGAAACAGGUUUCACACACAGCCGGAACUUCGCCUGCUACCACCACCUUAACCACCACCACCACCACCUCCUCUCAGUCUGCUGCCUCCUCCUGCCAGCCGGGUGUAGCAGAAACACUCAAUGCACCUGCUUCAUCUCCACAACCUGCCUCACAGACUGGGACCCCAGUUACAGGACGAGUCGUACCCAGUUCUGGCUCUGCGGCAGUGGUAAAGACUCAGAGUGUUGGUGGCUCUCUAAUCCGGACUACCCAGCAGCCCUCAGAGAAACCCCCCACCACCACCACCACCUGUACAUCAAAAUCCACUUCAUCCGGCCCUCACACGUCCUCCUCCUCCUCUGCCUCCGCCGGCAAAACUCCAGUCCCCAGUACUGCGGCGUCCUCUGGUGCCUCCUCCCUCGCCCGCCCCACGCCCCCACCCUCCACCCCUGCCGCUGCAUUUCACGCUAAGUUUGGUCGCACCGGCAAAUACGCCACGAAAGACAGUCCCAGGUUGUUCGGCGUCAAGAGCGUAGUGGACUUCGAGAGGAUCUAUCGCUACCUGAGUGUCAUCCACCAGCCGAACGAGGAGUGUCGUCUCACGCCCAUGGAGAGCGCUAUAGUGUUGGACCUGCUGAUGUCUCUCCCAGAGGAGCUUCCCCUGCUCGACUGCAACAAACUGCACAAACAUCUGAUCAAGAUGUACCAGUUUCUCUCGUCCACCGCUGACUCGUCGAAGACGGCGGGGGAAAUGUUUAAAGAGCUGAAGGAUGGACUCUGUGAUCCGACACCGAGCGGUCGAGACGGCAACAGAACAAACGGUCAGCAACAGAACGCCGCAGACGGCGGAGGGAAGAAACCACAGCCAGAUGCAGCUGAGAGACAAUCAUCAGGGAGCGGUAACGCAUCCGGCCAACCGGGGGACGCAGACGAGAUGGGACUCUGCCCCCCCCUCAACCCCUUUAUGGUGCCGCUGAAACUGUUGAUGCGCAAAUAGAUUAAAAAUAUGUAAAACAAAUGUUCAGGAUGCUUUAGAUAUGUCUGUGGCUGUAUCCGAAACCUCCUACUAUACUAGUACGCACUGAUUUGGCCAAAAUGUAGCAUGUAGUAUGCGAACAAAAGCAAAACUACAGUAUGCAUCGGACCAGUCUACCUCGCCUACAGUAUCCCACAAUGCAAAGCGCUGGAACGGUACAAGCUACAGGUGUUUAUCUGCCUUUCUGGAAUUGAAAAGCUCCACAAUCGCCCGUCAGCCGGCCAUCACGAGAUUGUUUGUUUUUGUCCAGUGCUUUAAGAGCUGGUUUAAAGGCUAAAGUCGGGUCUAGCAUACUGAAAAAUACAAUGCUUUAUCCGUUUCAUACUGCAUACUAUUCAGGAACACAGUAUGUACUGUGUACUGUAUACUGUAUACUGUAUACUGCGUCCGUCAGUAGUACAUAGUAGCCGGUUUCGAAUACAGCCUGUGUUCUAUAACAGUACAUUUAUUUAUACCAAAUGAUUUGGUCAUUGUUCGACUCAGAGGUCACUGGAUCAGGUAUCGAACCCGAGUACCCUCCAGAAUCUGGAGUAUCGAAAGUUGGCAUCGAAUGUCUGAUCGGAUUCCUCGUCGCGUUUACAUAUUCUUCGAUCAGAUAGUUUGUGAUUUCAGCUUUAUUUGUCCAAGGUUCGUGUUCAGCUGCUUUUGUUGAGACAUUAAACUGUGAUGCAUUGA